AUGCGAUCUGCGAUACCGUACAAAGAACCUACUUGGGGUGGCCUGGCUAAUCGCCCUUAUUCUUUUGACGUUCUCAAAAAUGGUAGUAUUGUUGACAACGUCGAUCUAAACGACAAGUCCUACUACAUUUUUGGUCGUCUUCCCACCUGCGAUGUUACCCUGGAACACCCGUCUUUGUCCCGUUACCACGCUUGUAUCCAGAACUGUGCCACCCCGACCGAACGCUACGAAGCUGGUUGGUAUUUGUACGAUUUGGACAGCACCCACGGUACUUGGAUUAACAAGGGUCCUGAUGAUGACCAAGAAGAAGAGUCGGAGCUGAGUAUUACUGAACUGAAGAUGCAGCGAGAGAAGCAUAAACGGGAAACAGAACUGUUUAGGCAGGAUGAUGUGGAAGAGGACCCUAACGAAGUGAUCAGCAGAGAUGACGGCUGCAUGUGGGGAAUCGAUAUGGCUAAUGUUACUGAUGAUAAUCAAGAAAACCCUUUUGCCCAGGGUUUAGAUUUAGACGAAUCAUUUUACAUUGAUGAUCCCAAAAAUAAGCUCUUUUUUUCUUUUCCCCCCUCCUCCUCCCAAAAUUUUCUUCUCCUCCCUCCUCCCCAUUUACUAAUCCAAAAAUAUUAUUUCCCCUCUCUUUUAAAAAUUUGUUCCUUUAUUUCUUUAUUAUUUUCUUUCUUUUAUUUUCACUUUUUUUUAAAAAUUAUAUUUGUUACAAUUCUUUUUUUUAAAGAAUCAAUUAUAAUUACAAUUUUUCCGCUGUUUUUUGAUAUUUGUUUGUUAAUUAGAUGCAAAGAUUUUCUUUCUUUCUUUCUUUCUUUCUUUCUUGCAGACCCUUCACCUACCAACCAAAAAAUGAAAUUGGCACAGUUGGUGCCAAACCUAAAACACUACCAGCAUUUGGCAAAAUGA